CCCGAGCACACACGUCAUCGUUAUCGUCCGUCCGUCGGCGCGAUAACUGCGUCUGUGCACUGCAGUUUAAGUAUAUUAUAUCGCGUAGAAUAUAAGCGUGUAAAAUGGCGAUCGCGUCGUCUUCGCGGCUCUUGUUGACGUUGUUGUGCGCGAGUUGUUGCGCUCUGUCGUCGGCCGAACGUUUGCAAAAGCGCACCGUCGUAGAUACCUCGUCGGGAUUUUCCACUACAGGUGGUCACCAACAGCAACCGGAAUACGAUUACGGCGGCGGCGGCGUUCAUCACCAACAGCAACAGCAACAAUUCGACUUCGGCGCGGGGCACGUCCAGCAUCAGCAGCAGCAGCAUCAGCAACAAUUCGACUUCGGCGCGGGCCAACACGCUCAGCAGCAACAGGAAUACGAUUUCGGCGGCGUCGUCGGUCAUAAUCGUCCACCCAAAGUGUCGGUGAUCGAGAAGAACGUCCCAGUGCCGGUGCGCGUGGACGUGGUGAAACCCGUGCGGUACGUGGUAGAGGUACCGGUGGACAAGCCGCGCGCGGUGCACGUGCCCAAGCCGUACCCGGUCAAGGUGGAGAAAGAAGUGCCGUACCCGGUCAAGGUGUACGAGCCGCAGCCGUACCCGGUGCAGAAGGACGUGCCGGUGGCCGUCAAGGUGCCGUACGACCGUCCCGUGCCAGUGCACGUCGACAAGCCGUACCCCGUGUACAAGGAGAAGAUCGUCCGGUACCCCGUGUACAAGCAGGUGCGCGUGCCCGUCAAGGUGCCGUACGACAGGCCUGUGCCCGUGCACGUUCCCGUCGUCAAGAAGGUGCCGUUCCGCGUGGAAAAGCCCGUGCCCGUGCCCGUCAAGGUGCCGUACAUCAGACCGGUGCCGUACAACGUGUACAAAAACGUGCCCUUCCCGUACGAUAAGCCCGUCCCGUAUCCGGUCGAGAAACGCGUGCCGUAUCCGGUCCGAGUUCCGGUUCACGUGCCAGUCCACGUCCCCGUCAAGAUCGAACAACAUCAUCAACAACAACACCAACAACAACCACAUCAUCAGCACCACUACGCUCUACAGCAGCAUCAACCGCAGUCCGAAAAGUUCACCCAGCAAGACGCCGUCGCAGAUUUCGGAGGACAUCACCAACAACAACAGCAGCAACAUCACUUUGUUCCGGACUUUAGUUCGCAACACGGUCAUCAUCAUUCGUCGUUCUGAUCACACGCUCAUCGCCAAUAAUAAUAUUCUAAUCUAUAAUCGUUUCGUAUUUUUAAGUAUAUAUUUUAUUUUUUUACGUAUAAUAUAAUGAUUAUUGUAUAAUAAUAAUAUAUGAUUUCGUGUAAAUAACUACUACCAUAAUAAAUAAUAUAAAAAUAAACCUAAAAAA